CAUAUAAAUAUGGCUGAACGUAUAAUGCAUCAGUCUUGAUUGUACUCGGUUCUUAAGAAGUAAAAAUUCCGCGAUAUCUGCUAUCUAAGCAUAAUACGGCUUCCAUAGUAUAAUCUUAAAAUGUAUGCAAGAACAAAUUCGUUAUUUCAAAACAUGUUUGCUGCAACUUUUGCUUUUGCGCUUAUAAUGGGGUGUAUUGCGGAAAUACCCUCCAGCAUUUAUACGUGCGGACGUGAGAAAUCAUUCGAUCAGUGCGUCUUAAGCAACAUUGAAAGUUUGAAGGAUAAAAUCUGUAACGAAGGAAUUCCAGAACUGAAUGUUCCAUCGGCUAAUCCACUUAUUCUUGAUAAUUUAGUAAUUUUUGAUACACCCAGUACCAAAUUAUAUCUCAAGGAUACGAAAGUGUCGGGACUAUGCGAUUUCGUCGUGAAUCUUCUUCAUGCAGAUGUCGAUAAUCUCAAUUUAAAUAUCGAUUUAACAUUUAAGCAAAUUCAAAUAAACAGCACUUUAGAUUUCAAUGCACGUGUAUUGGUGCCCAUCAUUACCACGGCGCCGUUUUAUGUAACUUCAGAUAAUGUAGGAGCAAAGGUAAACGCAGACUUCACACUGGUUACUAAAAACGACAAAAAAUAUGGGUAUAUAUCUAAGAUAAAGACAAAUCUUGACAUCAAAGGAUAUGAACUUGAGUUUUCAAAUCAAGUGGAAUUAAACCAAAUGCGCGACAUUAUUAAGAAUUUUCUGGGCAACAAUCAAGAGGAGGUUCUUAAAACUGUUAAACCCAUUCUGGAAGAAGUGGUCUCCAAACAGGUCAUUUCGCUUUCCAACGAGAUACUUAAACGUAUUCCUUACGAGGACAUCUUUGGUAGUGCAUAAACCGUCAAAAAUUUUGAGGUUUAUUGUUACAUGAUUAUUCUGUUCGUAUUGUAAUCUAUUUAAAGAAUAAUUAAAACAAGAUUUAUUAUAAUAUUUUAGAAACUCACAGCACACUUUAUACUUGUGCUAAAUUAGAAAGAUGGAGACAUCUUUCUAAUUUCUCCAUAAAGAUGGAAACAUAAUUGUAAUUAAUUGCUAGUUUAAUAAAGCAGAUUUAUACAAAGUAA